UCUGUUUUAUUAAGGGAACAUUAAUACAUAAUCAAAUGCACCUCAUAAAAAAUUUUAUUGAUACACAUAAAAUACUAUGAGUCUCUUUUGAAUAAGUUCCAAAAAAUAUACAAAUGUUACUUCCUGUGUCAAUCUUACAACACCUUACAGUCAGCAUCAAACUUACAACGACCGAUCUUAACACUAAAGCAGCGAGGAUCGUUUAUAAAAUAUGAGAAUCUGUGAGGCUGCGGUGGUUCGUUGUUUUACAGCAUGUUAUUACAUUUAUUUUACGAGGACUUGCAACUCGGUACUCUAUAAAAUACUUUACAAGGCUAGAGUAUGACAUACCUUAUGACGAAAUUUUGCUAGAUUUUACACUGCUGAAAUCGUUUGUUAAGGUAAUGGUGAGUGCUGGCACUGAAAUAUGGGUGCAUUAAUCUAACCUUGUUAAAAAAAAAAAAAAAAAAAAAAAGAAACAGAAAGUUUAAAGCAUGAUAAAUGCAGAAUAUCACUACUAGUUGAGAUGAAAAUUACCCGUCUUAUUUUUUAAGAGUACAAAAUCAAACAUACCGUUAUCAGCGGACUGAUUUACUCUCUGUAUUAGUAAAUAUGAUCACGUGAUUCAUGCAACCAAUCACUGAAGAUGAAGGCAGCAAAAAUACUAUGAUUGUUCAGAGGCAAGGUUUCGGAAACAGAGUAACGUUUUAUAUGAGUUCGAAGGGAUCCAAAUAUGUCGACUAGUUCAGCGCUUAGUAGCUAUUAUGUGGACUCUAUUAUGGGGCACGAGACGGAGGAUGUGUACGGAGCGCGUUAUGUCCAGGGUUCACACACCGCGCCCGCGAGGCCGUCAGGUGUGGUGGAAAAUGCGGACUUUUCUUCGUGCAGCUUCGCUCCCAAGUCAGCCGUGUUCCCUGCGUCCUGGUCCUCGGUUCAUCAACCAUCUGCUGCUGCAGUGUCUGGAAUUUACCAUCCAUACGUUCACCAGACCCAUCUUUCAGACAACAGAUACGUCCGCUCUUGGAUAGAGCCAGUCUCAAACCAUAUCUCUUUAGCCGGGUUCCACUCCAGCAGUCGGCACAGCGGUACAAAGACUGAAAGUUUACCCUCGAAAAGGACUGAAAGCGCUGCGUUUGAGACAGAGACGCCGGUGGUUCCCGAGUAUAGCUGCAACGCUGUAUCCGUAGACAAAACUACUGAAGAAAGAGUUGGAAAUGAUAUUUCGAGCCACGGUGAACCUAAAGACGAAAAACAGCAACAACAACAACUUGACCCAAGCAACCCUGCAGCAAACUGGAUCCAUGCGAGAUCAACAAGAAAGAAACGUUGUCCUUAUACAAAAUAUCAGACUCUGGAACUGGAAAAGGAGUUUCUUUAUAACAUGUAUUUAACGAGGGAUCGUCGCUAUGAAGUUGCACGAAUCCUGAAUUUAACAGAGCGGCAGGUUAAAAUCUGGUUUCAGAACAGAAGAAUGAAAAUGAAGAAGAUGAACCGAGAGAGGAGCAUUAAAGAUCCUUGAAAACCGUGCUUCAGCUCAGCAGCUAAUGUGCGUCCCUUUAACAUAUGCUUGGAUUGGGAUACAACUUUUUGGGGGGAUUACUCAAGACUGAAUUGGCAUAUCUUCUAUUUAAUUAUAUAUAUAUAUUCUGAGUCAAAAUAAUUAUUUGAGUGACUUGAAAUGAAUGGGUAUUUCACAAUAAUUUCUAAAAUAGUUACAUUUGAGGCCUAAAAUCUAUUUCCCAGCACCGUGGUGGAGUAGUUCUUUCAGAAACUGAGAAUGCAGUUUUGUAUUCAGUUUUUGCACAGUAAAAUUCAGCAUCAGUAUUUAUACUUAUCAUUACUCAUAAAAGUCCUAUCACUAAAAUGUCUUAUAGGAAAUUAGGAUAUGGUCCAUGAUCUGAUAGUUCUUAAUCUGCUGAUCUUUAAAUCUUUGUCCAGAAUGCAUGCAAAUCUCUUCACCCUCAUGCAGCCACGUGUAAUCAUUUACUGUGCCUUUAAUUUCUUUCUUUUAAAUUGGACAUCAUGUAUACAAUAUCUUAUUUCCAAUUUCUCCUUACUAAACUAGUGUAUUUCUCGUUGAAGCUUUUGUUGGCGUGUUAGAUGCAUCAAAAGGUCUAAAUUAUAUAAGUAAAACGAACUCCUUUUUGGUCUAUUUUAUGACUUUUAUUUUGGUCACAGUGAAGCUUAAUUCUUCAGUUUCUUCAGUGCUGUAUAGUGAAUUUGGGUGUAGACAAGCUUUGUUGAAUACUCAACUCGUGCACUUACUGUGAAAAUAUGUUUCUUUUUUAGACCAAUUUUUACAAAUAAAAUGCAAGUUCGACAGCA